AUGUUCAGGACAGCUGUGAGGAAUUACAGCUCCAGGGUGGGUCAAAAGUUUCAAAGUUUAGAGCAGAUCAAGGAGUACUUGAAAAAACCUACAUGGGACACAAAAACCCUUUUGAAGGGCUCACAGAAAUCCUUGGAAAUUGAUACACCCAAACUUCACAGGCUUCUCCAGCUAUCUGGGUUGUCCACGGACUUAGACGCUGGAAAGGAAAGACAACUACUAAAUGACCUUAAUGCACAACUGACCAUGAUGAACAAACUACAGGAGAUAGAAUGCAAGGAGUUUGAUUUGAUUGAAACUCAACAUUCUCCUCUGAAAUUUCAAGAUAUUCGUAACGCUACUGGUGAACUUAGACAGAGUUCAAAGAAGGGUGAAACAGGGCAAUGGAAUCCUUUAGACCUGGCUUCAGUUAAAUCAGAAGGCUUCUAUGUUGUCAAUGAAAAAUUAGGUAAAGAAUGA